AUGUACUCGAGAGGCUGUGCAUAUAGCAUACUAGAUGGGAUAGCAUGUUCUGCCGUCAUCCCUCGACACGGUAUUAAUUGCCGUUUUCCUUGCGCUCCAGACCUUCGACAGGCCCUCCCACCAGGGAAUCAUCUUGGCUACCAAUGGAUCAGUCACCGCCACUCGCAUGCAGCAGUAGCGGAAGAGGAAGACAAGAACCAACAAGAUACAGGGUCCGGAGUGGCGAUACGUCGAGUCCAAUCCAAUAAUGCUUAUACUGCUCCCAUCCUCAGGCCCAUCACCUUCGACCAAGCCCAGCAUGAUUUGGAGGCAGAAUCUAGGGAGACGUGGGAGAGGGAGCGAUUUUCCGAUCUGAUUGCAAGAUUCCUGCCCAUACAGUCAGCAGCAUCACAGAAACAGGAUAAGCGAUUACAAAAAUUUGCCUUCGGGAAGAACAAGGCGGAUAAGCUUUUUGUCAACAAGCUGCUGAAGGACAAGGGACUGCAAUCACACGACUGGAGGAUAGCGCUUUCCAUAUUGCAACAAUACUACACGCCCGAAGAGAUCGAUAAAGUCAAAAACAUUGAUACCUUUGAUCCCGCACCGAGUCUAGACCAGACUCCUGGCUCUCAUGCCCAACAUUUUGAUGCCGGCAUCGAGAUUCAGAGUCCUGUGCGAAGAGUCACCUCCAGAUCACGCAAUUUCAGAUCUUUUCGACUUGCUCACAACAUUUCUCCUCCCGUUGAAUGGUCAGAGGCAUAUCUGGCAGUCUACGUUGAGGCCCUCGCCGAGUCUCAGAGGACUCAAGCCAGAGUCGCUUGGGCAGAAAAGCCCUGGUUGAAGGGUUGGACUAAUAUUUGGGAAGUUGCUGCUGCUUUUGAACAGGUUUUUUACAGCACGGCGUCACAGAAAUCCUUGAGCAUCAAGGCUUGCAACACCGCAUUGCGUUUCUUCUACGAUCACGGAAUGAUACCGGACGCCCGGUCUCUCUUUAUUCGGAUGGAGGACUUAAAGAUGCAUAUUUCGACAGAAACAUGUAAUAUCCUGCUGCGCGGUUCAGCUUCGCAGAAGGACCUCCACAAUUUCACAUUUCUUCUGAGAAAAAUGACGUAUCGGGGCUUCAGGCCUAACGAGAAGACAUGGACACUGUUCCUCCAAGUAAACCAUUCCAGUACGGUGCGAGCGUUCAUUGUUCGGAAGAUGGCAGACAUGAAUAUGCUAGACAAAAUUUGGAUUAGAAGGGACGUUGCAGCUCACAUGGUCCACUAUGAGAUUGUCAACCACCUAGGCGAUGGCCAUAAUCACCAUAGCUUUCUUGAUCACAUGAAUAGCAAGUACGGGAUUGGAUGGCUAUCGACUACUGCAGGCAACAAGCUUUUGAACGAGGUGGCCAAGCGUAAAUCGGCGGCGGAGAGCCUGAGUUUGCUUUAUGAGAUGAAGGAAGCCGGUUUUGUGCCUGAUGACAUCUCAAUGAACACGCUGCUUCGGCACUGUUUACCAUUGAGGCGGCACGAGCUAGCAAUUCGAAUACUAGAAGUUUUCCGGUAUUAUUACAAUCUGUAUCCAGGGCCGGAGGCAUACGAGACACUCUUUCUACAGGCGUGGAGAAGUCGCUUGCUCAACUUCUCUACCGUUAUCUGGAGAUCUGCUUGUAUCUAUGGUGCAGUGUCACACAAAAUGCAGGACUUUGUCUUUCAGAGUCUGUUGACUUAUACACCCGCGCUCGACAAACGGAUCCAAUCAGACGAUACGGUCGAGCUAAGCAAUUUCAGCAGAAACGAGAAGUUCAAGAAGUUUGCUGGAAGAUUCGUGGUCGGUGUAAACGGCCCUAGAGGAGCUAAGUUAAGCCACGCCAUUGAAACUUCAGAAUUAGACCCUCAAAGAAGGACCUUGAAAUGGGCCCAAGUUCUUCUAGAGAGUAGUCUCCGCGUUUCCAGGAAUUGUCUGCUGAGACAUGAUUUGCCACGGCUGCUACGCCAGGCUCUGACAAUGGACAAGACCUGGGCCGCCGAAGGCCUGUAUAAAAAAGACGACUGGCGGGAGAUGUUCCCACAUGCCAUCGCGGUACUCGUGAAAGUCAAAGGAAGGCGCCAACGCAGACAUUCACUGCGCUUGCGAAGACACGUGGUUCGAGGCCGUUUUGCCACUCACCUGCGCAUGCGAUAA